UUUUGAUCUGGAAAAUAAAAAGGAAGAAAAAUUCAACAUUUCGCCUCUGUCCCCCUGAUGCUUGACCACCGUUACACUGGUGCCGUGACCUUGUGAUCCCAGAUCAGCUUGAUGCAGAUCGCCGCGCCGAGGGAGCUGCGUGAAAAUCUAUGAAAGCUGUCUGUACUGCAGUUUUGGUUAUGGUCAGGUACUCAGGGCUGUCAAUGCUCUAAUGAAUGAAGAUUCUGAGUGAACUAUUAUAAUUAUAUUUUCGAGUCUAUAUUAGGUUUUUACUGUUUAUUUUUCUGAUUACUGUUUUUGUGGUGGGAUGGCUAGUAAGUUUAAGCCUGGUGAUGAGCCUGACAUUAGCCACUUCUCUUGUGGGAGGGGUAGAGGUCUGAUGGGAGGUUAUUUAAAGUCUAGGGAGUCUGUUGAGAUGGAUGUGGGUGCCUCUCCUGUGUUGCCUGCAGGUAAUAGGGAUUUAGGGUUGGAACAGGACCCGACAGAAUCAGUUAGGCCGCAUCAUUCAACUCCUGUUGACGAAAAUGCCACAUUGCAUCAGAUAACUGAUAUGAUCUCACUGUUAGGUUCACAGAUAGGUGAGUCUAUUGCAGCCUCACUUGUUUCUAAUGGUGUUAUUAGUGGGGUUGGUCAGGGUGAUACUCCUAUGCGCCAUGCAGAUGACACACAGUUCAGUCUACAUGGCCAGAACGCCCAGAACACCCAGUCUAGUGGUGGUACAAGUACACUUAGUGAGAACACACAUGUUAAUGUUGUUGUACGGUCUGACAAGGAACCUGUUAUUUUCAGGGGUGAUAAUACUGACAAAUAUACAGUGACUGAGUGGGUUGAGUUAAUGAAAGCAUACAUCAAGAAACAAAAGUAUGACGUUUCAUCACAGCCAGAAGUUGUAAUGGGGAGGUUGAUGGGGAAAGCCAGGGACGUAGUUAAGAUAGGCCUGAGGAGCGACCCCUCACUUCAGUCUUCAUGCACACCAGAGGUCAUAUAUAGUAUGCUGACACAGUAUUUCAGUAACACAUCCUCAUGCCUGCCCCUCCAAGAUUUCUACUCAACUCUGCCUAAACAGAGAGAGAAUUCCGUUGAUUAUUGGCUACGUCUUAACAAGGCUGCUGAUGUAGCUGAAGAGGGUCUGAAGCGUCAGGGCAGACAAAUGGAGAAUAUGGGAGGAGAGAUUGCCAAGAUGUUUGUGAAGCACUGCCCAGAUCUAGAGUUUGCGUCUGUGUUCAAACACAAGCAGAUACAUGAAUGGACAACAAAGGAAGUACAGGAGAGGGUAGAUGAGUACCAGCGUGAGCAGGUGUCCUCGGUGAAAGUGCACGUGCCUAAGACUAACACACACAGAGUCCCGCAACACUUCCGACAUGGAGACGUCCUGUGCUAA